AUGUUUUCGAUUUUAUUUUCUUUGGCAUAUUCAUUUGGUGGCCUUGACAUAAGAUACGUAAUGCAAGGAUUCUGGUUAGGAAAUGUUUCAGAUCCUCAAAAGAGUGAACUUAGUUAUAAACAAUUUCGUUUAAAUGUCACAAACAUCGAAAAAUCUAAUGCUUCACAUUUAAUACUUAUCGAUACAGAAACAAACAAAACAGUCAAACAUUACCAAGCAAUUUUCCAAUCAAAAUCUGCUUUUCAAAUCUUUGAAGGAAACAGACAAAUUGCUCAAAUUGAGUUAGCACCAUUUAUAGAACCACCAUCUUCAUGCUCUGGCAAAUGGGAAGAUACAAAACUUUUUAAUUUUGUUGUAGCCAAUGGCCAAGCCAUUAAUUUACAUAUAUUCGAUCCAUCAAAUAAAGAAUGGAAGUUCUUUUCAUUCUAUAAAGACGUUGAUGCUAUGGAUCUUGAACCAAAUUCAUGGGGUGAUACAUUAUUCGGCUGGGGCUUCCUUGGAGUAACAAUGCUUCUUGCUUAUUUGGUUUCUGCUAGAGUACAGAAAUGCGUUCAUAAUCAAACCCUUAAGAAAGCAAUGCAAUUACUCAAAGAAGAAGAAGAACAAGAUAAGACAAAGAAGAAAAAGAAGAAAAAUGAAUAA